AUGGAUAAGGGUUGGAUGUUCCUGGCUGAUAGAUGGUGUGAUGAAUAUAGGAAUGGGCUAGAGAAAUUUUUAACAAUGGCAAAACAGCACAAAGGUGAUAAACCAAAGAUUAGAUGUCCAUGCAGAAAAUGCAGAAAUGUGAAGUACUACUCUGUUCAUGUUGUUAAGAGUCAUCUGCUAUAUAAGGGGAUGGAUAGUACUUAUACAUAUUGGAAAUUUCAUGGGGAAACUCUGCCUAAUGAAAAUUCAAAUGCUCAUUCAUGUUGUGAUAAUGAGCAUGAAAUUAAUGCUAACAAUGCAGAAGUAAAUGAUGACGAAAUGCAAGAAAUUUUAGAAGACAUCUAUUGGGGGACCUUUAAUGAAGAAGAAUUAAAUGGUGGGAGCAAUAAGGAGGUUUCUUUUAGAAAAGAAGAUGAGUUAGAAAAAUUUGAUAGAUUAUUUAAAGAUGCUAAGCGGGCCUUAUAUCCUGGCUGCAAAAAGUAUUCAAUAUUACUUUUUGUUGUAAAAUUGCUACACUUGAAGGUACUCAAUCGAUGGAGUAAUAAAUCUUUUACCAUGCUUCUUCAACUAUUGAAGGAUUCCUACCCUGAUGAUAACUUACUUCCGUCCUCUUACUACGAUUCCAGAAAGUUAUUGGGGGGCAUUGGGUUGCGGUGUGACCUGAUUCAUGCAUGCAAGAAUGACUGUAUUCUCUUUCGGAAGGAAUAUGAAGGAUUGGAUCAUUGUCCAAAAUGCUUGCAAUCUAGAUGGAAAAUAAAUGAUGGCAAAGGUAAAAAAGUUCCUCAGAAGAUUCUUCGCUACUUUCCUUUGAAGCCAAGACUGCAGAGACUAUUUAUGUCAAGAAAAAUAGCAUCUUAUAUGAGAUGGCACAAGGAAAAACGAGUUGAAGAAAUAGGGGUCUUAAGUCAUCCAGCAGAUGGUGAAUCAUGGAAAGAGUUUGAUAAGAAAUUUCCAUGGUUUGCUGAAGAUGCUCGAAAUGUGCGUCUUGCAUUGUCAAGUGAUGGUUUCAACCCUUUCAAUAAUAUGUGUAACUCCUAUAGUAUGUGGCCAGUGGUGCUCAUAAACUAUAACAUGCCACCUUGGGUAUCAAAAAGGGAGCCUUAUUUCUUCUUGUCACUACUUAUUCCAGGUCGUCGGUCACCGGGAAAGGAUAUUGACGUGUUUUUGCAACCUUUGAUUGAUGAACUGUUAGAAUUGUUCAAAGGUGUUAGGACAUAUGAUUCUGUGGCUGAACAAUGCUUUCUUUUGCAUGCUGCACUUAUGUGGACUAUAAAUGACUUUCCGGCUUAUGGGGACUUAUCUGGUUGGGUGACCAAGGGAAAAAUGGCAUGCCCUUGCUGCAAUGAUAAAACGGACUAUCAGUCAUUGAGAAACAAGAUUGGUUACUUGGGCCACCGUCGCUUUUUGCCUGAUAAUCAUGUGUGGCGAAAUGAUGGCAAAAAAUUUAAUGGCAAGGUAGAGAGAAGGUUGAAACCACGGGAAUUGUCAGGUGAAGAAAUUCUUAAACAAUUAAAAGUUGUUGAGGGUGUAACACUUGGAAAAAAUCCAAAUACUAAGAAAGGAAGCGCAGUCUUGAAGAAAGAAACUGGACUAAGAAGAGCAUAUUUUACCAAUUACCGUAUUGGAAAGAUAUUCCACUAA